AUGGACGGACGGAGCAACGAAGAAAAGGUGAAAAGAGAAGGUGAGGCUGAUGCCCAGAUAGCCACAACUAUAUUUUUGAGGUCCCUGGCUCCAAGAGUAAUUAGCGUGAUUGCCGGAUCGCCUGCGGUAGACGAAGUAAGCAUCGAAUCCAACAGGAACAUGGAGAACGAUUUGCGUAUUUGCGCUGUCUUCGUCUGUGUCACCCUCCGUUAA